UAAAAAUUUCAUUGCAACAAUUGAAAAAUUUAUUUGCUGACACUCAAAUCACAGUUGGCAAACCGAACGGACGUCUAUCCCUGGCCGGUGAUAAGUGUUCAAUUGACUAAAUUUUUGUGGCAUUUUUGUGGAAAUUUCGUGCGGUUUUUUUUACUAUCCCAUGCCGUUGCCAGACAAUUGAGUGGAAGAGUGAUUAAUUUUUUGUUGGUUUAAAAUCUAGUUUUCAAUUGAAAUCGGUUUUGGUUGAGAUUAAAAGAGAUUUUGAAUAAAUUUGAAUAUUGAGUUUGAGUAGCCUUGUUACGAGAAAAAUACGGUGAAUUUAAAAUGGAUAAAAAUACUACAUCGAACAACAUAAUUACACGUGCAAUCGACUUUUACGAAUGGACUUUGAGUUUAUCGGAUACCCGUACAAAAGGGAUGCUGUUUGUGGACUCACCAACGCCGACAAUCCUCUUAACACUCGGCUACUUGUUAAUUGUGUACAUUGGACCAAAAAUAAUGCGAAAUCGGAAACCGUUCGAGCUGAAACAGACACUGUUAACAUACAAUUUGGCUGUGGCACUUUUGAAUUUGUACAUUGCGUCCGAACUGUUGGUCGCAUCCAUUUCACUGAAAUACAAUUAUAUAUGCCAACCGUAUAAGCAGAUUUAUUCAAAGGACGAGCUUAGAAUUACACAUGCAAUUUGGUGGUUUUAUUUCUCGAAAUGCAUCGAAUUUUGCGACAGUUUCUUCUUCAUACUGCGUAAAAAGGACAUCCAGCUGACCUUUUUGCAUGUCUAUCAUCACAGCACAAUGUUCCCGCUAUGGUGGAUUGGGGUCAAAUACGUUCCAAGUGGAUCAACAUUUUUGCCAGCUAUGACAAAUUCCUUCAUACACGUACUGAUGUACUCAUACUACGGCCUUUCGACAUUCGGACCCAAUGUAACCAAAUACUUAUGGUGGAAGAAAUACCUCACAAUUAUCCAAUUGAUUCAAUUCACGGGCGCAAUGAUUUUGGGUAUAAAUGGAAUUACAAAUGGUUGUGACUUUCCAAUGUGGAUGCAGUAUGCCUUAGUCAUCUACAUGAUAUCGUUCAUUGUGUUGUUUGGAAAUUUCUAUGCUAUUGCAUACCUGUCGAAAGGAAAAGCAGAGCCAAUUUCAAGCGUCAGCCAUAAAACCAUAGCCAAGGCCGCACUGAAACAGUCAAUCAAGCAAAAAAGCACAUAAGCACAAAGUGAAACGCGUGGAUUUAGAGUUAUUUUGAAUAAAUUUUAUUGUAUAAUCGUGAAAACCGUAAAAGGGAUUUUUGUUGUUCAGUAGCAAAAUACUUUUUGUUUCAUUACGAUCUAAUCAUUUUUUUGUUGAGAAAAUUAGUAAAAAAAACAAAUCGAAAGGAUAACUAUAAUCUAA